AUGCAUGGAGGGGUCAUGUUCAAGUCCAAAGAUCUUUGUGGAGAAAAGAAAACGUUACUUAGCGGAAAUGAAGCCGAGCCAAAUGCUGUUUGGAGACAGAUAUUUACUGAUGUGGAAAUCGCGUAUCACCAACCCGGGGUUCAUCACCGUGAGCCUCGCGGGGCUAGGACCGGACGGGGGAAUUCUCUCGACACCUGGGCCUGCGAGACGGUCAUCCCGCUACCCGAUGAUAUCCGUGCCGAGUUUCCCUUGGACCCGUUCUACCAGAAGUACACCCACGCCUAUGGUAUCCCCAUCAUAUCAUCUGAUAAUUGCGGGGAUGCGGCCGUGAUCCGUGCUUGCUACACGGUACGAUUUCUCUUAGCGGAUCGUAAGGACAUUAGGGAUUCCAUGUUUGACCAGUACGGCCGGGUUGGGGUGAUUGCUCAAUCUGAACGCACAACUGAAAUACCGGAACAUAGCCACCUGGACAGUGAUUAUUACGAUAGCCGGGCUCGUGGGUUAGGCGGUAUACCUAGCAUUCCAAUAACCACGAACGCAGAAGAGAAUCUUUUGUGUCGUUUCUUACAAGAUCUCUGGUAUUUGGAGGAUGUCCUUGUCCAUGAAUUCGCACACUCAAUUCACCGCAUCUCCCUGGACAAAAUAGACCCAUCUUUUUCCGAAACCUUGGCAAGUAUCUACACCAUGGCCAAAGAGGGCAAUCUGUUUCCCAAUACGUAUGCCAUCAGCAAGAUAACAGAAUAUUUCGCAGAAGGGGUGCAGUCAUUCUUCAACGUUCAGACGUGUACCUCGUUUCAGGACGGCGUACAUAACCACAUCUGUACGCGAGACGCAUUGAUGGACUACGAUCCACGGCUGUACAAUCUCAUUGAACAGGUUUUCCCUUGCAAGAAUGUUCUCGUGGAUCGCUGUGAAACCAACCAGACGCUUGCAGCCAACCAGGUAGUAAACAUGAGCUGCGAUGUCUCCGUCACUACCGAGGAUCCAACCACACAAACUACGUCUGCCAGUACCACAGCUGAAGGUUUUGUUUCAGUGGAAGCAACGAAUCUACCAAGAAAUGACGCAAUUAAGAUUGUUGUUGGUGUGAUUGUUCCCGUCGUUGCAAUCGGCGCGGUGAUUGGACUGGUCUUUGUCUACAAACAUUUAAUGACCAAAAAUAUUGUAACAGCCGCACAAAAUUAAUGUGCACGAGUAAAACCUCCUCAAACGCCGUGUCCGAGUCGAGUGACUUCGGCUACAGUUAUGGCUAUGGCUUCAACACUAUAUUGAUGAAGAAUAGUCCUCUUUUCAAUGAUCCAGUGACGUAGGAGAUUUUACCCCCCCCCCCAAUACGGCGAACUGUGUAUACACAUUUCUUCCGAUGAAGCCCCCAUUUAAACCAACCUCCUUCAGUCUAUGGCCCUUUUCGAAACCACGGCUUCGGCUUUGGAUUCGGCUUCAGGCCCCGUCUCGCCUGAAGCCCUGAG